AUGCCAGGUGCCAAGAAUAUGCCAAUUGUUACUACAGUAUUGACAGGUCUGUUUAUCUUCCAGCUGGCAGGAUUGGCUGUCAUUGCCUUUGGUCUAUGGCUGCGGUUUGGUGGGGUUAUGGCAGACUUUGCUUCAGACAAAAAGUCUCCGGAGUAUUUCUUCAUGGGACUCUAUGUAUUGGUGGGAGCAGGGGCUCUCAUGACCACAGUUGGAUUUUUUGGGUGCUGUGGAGCAGCGCGGGAGUCUCAGUGCUUACUUGGAGCAUUCUUUGCUUGCUUGUUGGUGAUAUUUGCAGCUGAGGUCACUGCUGGAGUAUUUGCCUUUAUAGGCAAGAAAGCGGCAAUACAGGAAGCCCAGAAAAUCUAUGAAGACAUUUAUGAUGACUAUAUGAAAAACCCGGGGGGGGAAGUCAACAGGACUAUAUAUCACUACCACUUGGCUCUCCAAUGCUGUGGUAAAGAUAAUAUGGAACAACAAAUGGGAUUGCCCUGUCCAGAGAAUAUCCAGAUGCCAAAGAACUGCCUGGUUGAAAUCCAGAAUGUAAUUGAUGCUAAUCUGCAUUUAGUUGGAAUUAUUGGAAUUGCAAUUGCUGGCAUCACAAUCUUUGGCAUGAUAUUCAGCAUGGUUCUGUGCUGUGCGAUCCGUAACACGAGAGACAUGAUCUAAAAGCACAACUAUGUCCCAGGAGUUCCGGACUAAGCUUUACAAGAAGUGCUCUUCCACGCAAUUUAAUAAUUGUAAUGCAUUUUCAUUAGUGUCUUAACAUACUGAGAGGAAAACACCCCAUUACAUGAGCAGGUGAAUUGUAUUAGCUACAGUAAAACCAAACUGAACAAAAAAGGGUUUUAAAAUGUCCUUUUUAAUGAAAAAAGCAAAGGUGCACCUAAGACUAAGUUGAUUUUUAAUGUUUGUAUAUGUGCAAUUAAGAGUUUACACACCUAUAGACAUUGUGUAAGCACAUGCAUAUCUCUCCUUACAAAUAUAUAUGCACAU